AUGGUGGUCAGCACAUUCACUGGCCCUGGGAUUGGGAUCGGGUUUGGCGUCGGCUGCGGGUUCGGUGUCGGGUGGGGGUUCGGAGGAAUGCCUCUUAACAUGUUCGGCUUGGGUAUCGGUGGGGGCUGUGGAGUUGGUCUUGGACUAGGAUGGGGCUUUGGAAAUGCUUUUGGUUGUCAGUAUCGAUCUUCAAGAGUCCAGUUCCAGGGAAUUGAAUUUCAGAAGAAGGCUAAAGGAGAUGAAGCACCAAAAGUUGUUGCACCGGAGCUUGCUGAAAAGGCUCGUCCUUAUGGCUAG